UCCCCUUCUUUUAUUUUUUUUAUGCUUUCUUUCUUAAGGAUAUAUAUUUAUGAGUCUUAAAUAUAAGAUCCAUGUAAAAUAAAGUGAUUCCCGUCUGAGGUGAAGAGCAACAAUUUAAUAAAUUUUGCUCGGGAGUAUUAUGGGUAAGUAGAUGUCUUCUUCAACAUACUUUUAUUUUAUUUUUGCGAUAUAAUAUGUGGUAGGAUAUAGUAUUUUUCUCUGGCUAAGUCAUUCGUCAGAUAAAAAAUAUUUAUCAUGAACGACGCGGAAAAAUCCAAACAAAAUCAGAUUAAACUGUGAGAGGGAGCGGAGAGGCACGAGAAUGCCUGGCGAAACUGUAGACAUGGAGAUUGAUUUGGGAUCCGAGAGUCGAGGUUAUAACGGAAAAUAUAUGAGACUUUCAAUAUAACGGAGAACAUGGCGAAGCGGAUCAGAGAGUCGAGGUUGUGAGAUGUAGAGUUUGAUCCGAAGCAUCUGAUUUCGGAUGGUUAUCGACGUAUAUCUUUUAGUGUAGUUGAAUGUUACUGUGUUGCUUUCAUGUGUGUACUUUCAUGUGUGUACUUAGAAUUGUUUAUGUUUGAUGCUAUAUUAUUCAUUGUUAUUAAUUUUUGACUGUCAUGUGCAGCUGUUUGCAUUGAUUUCGCGGCACUUCGGGCCAAGGCGAAUGGAGUUUCGAAGAAGCAGUUGAAGAAAGCUCGCGCUAAGCAAGGGAGGUCACGGGAGGGGAUUCGUGUCGAGACUCCUCACGUAAGUGGAGAUGGUCGUAGCCAUGGUGGCGAGCGAGAGGUGCACGAUCCUGUGGAUGGCAACGGGAAGGGCAAGACGGUGGAGACUGAGUACGUGGCUGCACCGAAGCGCCCACGUGUAGAUCCGGAAGUGCCUUAUGCUUUUCACAGUGGGGGAGACAACCAAUUGUUCACUUAUGGAGUGAACCGGGAUGGGAAGGAGUCCCUGUGGGACUUAGCGGAUCAUAGAUUGGCGAUGAAGAAGACCGAGGGUUUUAUUGGAGAGUAUGAUCGUGGUCGAAUGUCCGCCAAUGGUCGCGCUCAUAUGCUUGCUUUGCUUGGUGGAGACAUUUGUCGGGUACUAGCUAUUUGGAGGUUCCUCAUGGAAGCGCAGGCGAAGGAGGGGGAGGAGCGCGCUCGUCGUGUGGCGAAUGAGAUGGAACUACGUGCCCAACAUGAGGCGGUUCAAUUGGAGCUCACUCAGAAGGAACAUGAUCUCAAGGUCAGUAGACGUGAGGUUGAGGAGCUCAACAGGUGCUAUGACUUGCUGAAGGAGAAGUAUGAGACUGAGAAGAAGACGGGAAAGAUGUUUCUUGCCACGUCUGGAGGGGCUGCCUACAGGGAGGUAGUCGCAAAGGAGGCGGAGCGUCGCUUCGUAGAGAGUGAGAUCUGUCGAGCUAUGAUCGAGGAGAAGGCGAUAGCGGCGAUUGCUGCGCCGUACGCACAGGUUCGGUUGUCUACAUUAUAA